CUCAGAUGGCUCCCGUGUCACGUUAAUCGGAAUUACCGGAUCCGUCAGCAUGGGCGUGUCAGUGAAAAAGCGCCACCCACCGGGUCGUGGGCGCUCGUCCGCCCGCCCGUUGAAAGCAUCGUUGGGAGCCACGCCCGGUCGUCUGAACCGUCGUCAUCAUUUUGUGUCGGACGCUCGAGCUUGGUCCGAAUUCUGCGCCAGUCACACCUGGGCUCGAUGGUGGUCGUGCGGUUUGGACAGCCUGGUCACGCCCCUCGGCCAGGCGGGUGAUGCCGGUGAUGCCGAUCUGGGCGGGGUCUCGGGUCAGCCCAGUCGCUUCUACGCCACGCUGUUGCAUUGGCGCGAGCUGAACUUGUCGUUCGACUUUACGCAGUUGGCCUCGAAUUGUGCGGUCCAAUCGCACACGCUAGAGCAAGUGGUGUUCAAUCAGCGUCAUUUGUUCGAUCAUUUGUCGGCUUGCGCCCAGGGCAUCGAGCCCUUGAGUCGCGAACCCGUGCUCCAUUUGUGGCUUGCCUUGAUCCAAGACGUGCAAAAGCCCGAACCCGGUGUGGUCGAAGGAUUGGUGGAUUUGAUUCUCGACUCUUUGGCCGUAGAGGCCGUGGAUAUCAAGAAAGCGGCCGCCAUCAUCAUGGCUCGCUUAUUGGCUCAUGUGCGCCAAUGUCGCACCGGUCCGGAUCUCAUGCAAGUGCUGCCCAGAUUUUUGAACCGGCUAGCGCAACUCAAUCCACCUACCCGCGCCAUUUUGGCCCAAGUUUUGGGCUACGCCCUACGUCGCUCUCAGUCCAACGCACCACUGUGGUCUCAACUUCUGCCAUGGUUAGCCGAUGAGCCCGCCUUCCUGGCCCGAGUGGUGGUGUGCGCCAGUACCAAUGGUACCACUUUGAGUUCACGAUCUUGGCUGGCACACUUGGCCAUCGUUCAAUCCUUAACCCCGUUAGCUAGCGUUGAUUUGGUGCAUGAAUUGGGCCAGGCUCUGCUCGAUAUUGUCGACCCACGGUUCGUGCCCGAGGGGUUGAACCCCUUGAUUGACUUGAGUCAAAAAUGGAAUUUGCCCGCAAGUGAUUUGCUUCAAACCUGGGCCGAUGGUCCAUCGCCUUUGCUCAUCAAUUCAGACACGGUCACACGCUUAACCGCCUAUGUUCGGACUUUGAAACCGGUCGGCCAGGAUUUAUUGGCCCUGUUGAGAUUUGUGUGCCACUUUCCCGUCCAAGAAGAGUCCAUGAUUCAGUCCGGACGAGGCUUGAUUCAAACCAUCAUCGAGCAAUCUGUGUCCACCCAGGUUGAGUUAAUGAGCUCCUUGGGCCCUCUGAGUCAACAUGCCACGUUUCCAGUGUUGAUCUGGCCCGCGCUUUUGUCCCUAUGGACCCAGACUCAGCCGGACUUGGCCCUGCAAAGUGAAAUCUUAAGUGAACUAGCUCAGCAUUUGGACGAACGAUUCAAGCAUGAACACGUUCCCGCUCAGAUCGGGGACGAGUUCUUACAGUUGUAUGUGGAUCAGUGUGGGAUCGCCAAAGUGAAAAAGCACAUCAAACCGGAUCUAGCCCAAACUCUGAUUCGAGGGUUGACGGGGUUGCGAAUCGUUCCCAUCACCCAAACGAAUCUCCUGGUGGAUCUUUGGAAACAUGUUCAAGAUAUCUUGGCCAAAAAUCACGUAGCGUUAGGGGAGAAACUGUUCGAUUUGUUCUGUCAGAACCUCGCCCAUUCGAUUUGUCCCAACGAGUUGAUGGAUCACCUGACGGCCCACACCAUUGCCAAAUUCAGUGUCAACUCCCCGGAGAUGCUCCAUGCCUUAUCCAAGCUUUGUCCGUUGGACACGAAACAUAGUCUGAAACAAAAUCUACCCGCAAACUUCGAUCAAACCUUGAGUGCCAACCUGAGUGCUCGGGAUUCACAAGUUCGACGCGACUCGGCCCAAAUUAUGUCGGCCUUGUGGCCUUGUCCGGCUUAUACGAUAAUUGCCGAGUUGACCUCGCAAGAAGUGGCCUUGAACAACGUACGUGAUGUGACCAUGAAAUUGCAAUGCCUUCAAACGAUGGAUGUAGGUGGCUCGAGGACCGAGGCCAAGAUUCGAUUUCUCCUUGGCAACUUUUGGAUCAAUUUCACCCCAUUGUGGAAAUCCAUGAAGACGGUAAUUGUUAAGGAAUUUUCUCAGACUAACCCCACCGAUGAUCAGCAAGAGAAGUGGAGCGUACUAGCCCGAGUCAUCAAUGAAGUACUCAAAGAGUUGAGUACCUCCACUGAGGAUAUGGCCCCCAAGAAAAACAUUGCAGUUUUUCUGACCCAAGUGUUCUCGUGUGUGUCGGAUUUCGAGGGAUUCAAUCGACAAGCUGCCCAGGGGUUCUUACCUCAAUUAUUUGACACUGCCAAGGACGAGUCUCAGAUGCAGUCGCCCCGACUUAUAUGCGCCGUAAUCAAACUCUUGGCCAAAAUGCAGGACUUCAAACAAGACACGAAGACCUUUGACCAGGUCCGGGAUCUCGUGUUCAUGUACUUGUCUCAUAGCAACUCAAGCAUCCAAGAAGAGGCCCUCAAUUUUUGCCGUUCCCAUUUGAAGGGCCUUUCUACCAAAAAGGAGACUUUGGCCAAGUUGACUGAAACGAAGAAUUGGAAGAAUGCGCUCAUUAGCUAUCUCAGCGAUGAGACUUUGGAUCCCAUCGACUCGAAAGUGCAUCAAGUUUUCACCCGCUUACUGUUGGGGGUGGUUCGGAAGACAUCUGGCCUCAAACCGAUUCGUCGGAGAGUCGACCGAAGGCUCAUCAUUGAGCAAUUGCAUCGACUGCCCUCAAAGAAGUACCUUGAACACUUCAUAGAGUCCGUUUUUGAAGAGUUUUCUAAUAGCAAUAUUGGAAGUGAGGGUCGUAAGCCCGUGGCCAAUCUCGAACUGUCGGCUGAAUUCGCGCUUCUAGCUCUGCCUUAUGAUGACGAUUUGGAAGCGGACAUGAGCGCCAAAGGUUGCUCUCUGAUGAUCGCACUGAGUCAACAUUUGAUGAAAGACAAGACCACACUCGAUACUAAAUUGAGGAGCAAGUUUCUCAAGAUGUUGAACGAUCUCUUCUCAGCCUCCAACACGCUCACCCUCGAGAAGAUCAAGAGCACUGGGAUUUUGGAGACCAUCAUUUUGCCCGCCUUGGAUUGCCAAAGCGAUGCGUCCUCCGGAAAACGCCAACUCUCCAUCAGCUACAUCCAGUUUUUGAACUCUAUGCUCGAGAAUGAGCAACGAACCUCGCCCUUGUUGGGCUUAUUUUGGACGCCCAGUCGAGAAGGAAUCACCAUGUUGGACCGCAUUGUCAAGGUGAUGACGUCCACUGGUAUGUGUAAAAUUCGAACACAACAGCUUUUGGGAAUUCUGAGCAAGUUUGUGACCAAGUUUGAGGAACUGGAGAUCCAAGGCGAUUCCUUGACGGACGCCUUCCGCGUGAUUUGCGUGCAACUCAUCGAGUACUUUGGUGGGAAAACUACCAAAAAGGAAUCCGAGAUCUUGCUUCGAUGUGAAGCCUUAGCUUGGCUGUAUCAACGCUUGGAAGGCCAUCUUGAGGAACCGUUGAUCGAAAAUCUGAUGAAGAACAUCUGUUCAUUUGCCAAGAAACGCGAGUUGACUGAUUCAGAGUUUAGUGCAUGGUACGGAGUGUUCGGAAAAGUGAUCCAAAAUGUUGGCACGAAAAUCCCGGGCGAGACCUUUGACUUAUUGGUCAAAUUCAACACGUUAGAUCGUCGCAUGAAAUUCGUACCGGCUUUGGCCAGAGCGAUGGGUUUUAAAGUGUCCAAAGAUGACGUGAACUCUUGUGUUCCAUUGGAGAGUUUGGACCUUACGAACAAACUUCAUUUUCAGUUUGCCUUGAAGCAAAACGUGUCGCACAUCUACUCGGAAGACCUUUCCAAUGCCGUCCAAGCCAAUGCCAAUCUUCAAAAAUUGGUCAAGCAACUCAAGGAGAGCGACCAAUUCACUCGAGAAAACGAGGAUCUCAUGAUGAAAGAGGUGGCUCAUGCCCUGACGUUGGAUUCGGAUACCGUAUUUUCCUCGUUCAUAAUCCUCAUGCGUACCUUGGUCCUUCAAGACCCCUCGGAUGUUCUCCAAGAGUUCAAAUCCUUAGUCUCUUCGGACGUGGACGAAGAUUUCUUCGAGAACGUUCGUCAUCUCCAACUUCACCGACGAAACAAAUGUCUCAUAAGUUUGUUGGCCAAACUGAAAUCCGGCGCUCUCGAAUUCCGCGAAGAGAAUCUGGUCCGCUUCGUGAUCCCCUUGUUUUAUCGCUACGUGUUGAAGGAAAAGUACAAGAAGUACACGGAUCUCGUGAGCACGUGCAUGGAUGCCGUGAUCUUCCUGGCGGCCCGGCUUCCAUUCCGACCCUACAUGAACAAGGUGGACGCCCUUCUCUCCUUUGAGACCGAGGACAAGCAGCUCUCGGCACAGAGAUUCACCAUCAUGUCUCGGUUCUUUGCCAAUUUCAAGUUCAACGAGAGCAACCUACCCGAGAAGGAUUGUCUUCGCGUCAAGAGCUUCGUGCUGAAGGUCAUCUCUCGUAUGAAAUCCGAGGAGAGUGAGCGGGUUCUCCAUUUGUACGUGGCCCUGGCCAAGAUCUUUGACUCCUUCCCCAAGAUCAUGGGGACCAACGCCCAGUCGAUGAUUAUCGAGCUGUGUAACAAGCUCAAGUCCAAGGAUUUCAAAUACCGUUGUGCCCUGCGAAACACCUUGGCCCAUGUGAUCAAGGAAUUGGGGAAAACGUAUUUCCAGUUCCUGAUCUCGGUGCUUGAGUCCAGUCUUCAGCGUGGCAAUCAGGUUCACAUCAUGAUGUAUUCCAUACAUUUUGUGAUCAAUCAGAACCAGGAGAUCUUGGACGCGGACACUCUGGCCAGUCUCCAAGACAAACUGUUGUCACUUAUUGUGAAAGAACUAAGUAUGGCCUCACUAAAGGACAAAGAGUGCUACGCCAAGAACACGAAGAAUUGUCCGGAAGUGAUCAAUGUCUCUUCGUAUCCAUUGAUCACCACCUUGGCCACGUUUUGCGAUCGCGGCUCGUUGGGCUCGAUUCUGAGUCGAUUUAUCGGCAAACCAUCAAAUGUCACGGCCACUGUAGCCUUGACUCAUUGGCAUGGGGUUCAGCAAAAGGCUCUCGGUCAUAUUUACAUGGGGCUCACCAAAAAUCAGGCCUUCGAACCGAAUGACUUUGUGAUAUUGGCCAAUGGAAUCCUGUCAGGACGGCUACUGAGUCAAUUGAACUCAAGAUACGACCCAACAGAUAUCCCCACCAAUCUGAAAGAGUUCGCCGUGGACCUCUUGUUGCUCUCCUUGAGCGCUGAAGGAUCUAUCCAAGACGGGAUUUUCAUGUCCACACUGAAAUUCGUCACCGACGAGUUGUUAACCAAAAAUCUGGCCGUCAUCCCAAAGAUCUUGCGACUCUUGGUUCGACUCCAUUCAGUGCCCAGCCUCCACAAGUUGGUUCAAGCCAAUGUGAACCUGAAUCUGGAGUUGUUCCAAUUCCUCACGAAGAAUCUGAACCAGUUCCACGCCCUUAAAUCCGAUGUGGUGUUCAAGCUCAGUGUGCAGAUCUUGGAUCGAGUGUUGGACAGUCCAGGGGAUGCCAAGUUCCCUCGUGGAUCCAUCAUGUCCUUGAAGGCUUUCGUUGUAGAUCACAUAAACGACGCCUCCAUAGGAACUUGGACCGUGAUGUUGCGGCUCCUGGAACGACUAGCCCCGGGCCAAACUGAGGCUGAUGGGAAGCGUAUGUGUCAAAUGAUGGUCAUGGCCAAAUCGGACCGAGAUUUCGCUCGUCUGCGGAAAUUCGUAUCCAAAACGUGUUCGUUGGCAGUCAAAUUCAAUUUUGGCAUCCAGAAUCUCGAUUACGAUGACCAUGAAGGACGGCGACGAGUUAUCUUCAUGCUGGGAGAUAUGAUCCAAGAUUUGCUAAAAAAUGAUGCCCGUUGUGAUGUCAAGGACUUGGAGCGAUUGUUUUUUAUGGUUUCGAACCGAUACAUCAAUGAAGACUCGCAGGAGAUUCAAGGUGGAUUGGGCAAACUGUUGUCUCUGAUUGUAGAAUUGGACGUUAGAAGUGGUGAUAACAUCUCCCUGAAAUAUGUGAAUCAAUGUCUAAAGAAAGAAGAUGAAGUGUCGCGGCUUUUCGCCAUCAUUGUAUGCGCUAGUGGCUUGAGCAGAGUGGAACAUUUGUCGUGCUCAAAUUUGAGUCUCAACCUCAUCGUUGACCACCUCGAUAUGUUGAAAUCUUGCCCUACUAAGAACAAAAGUGAGGCAUAUCUACAAUUGAAAUUGAUCGAGGUCAGUUUCAAUCUUCUUGGCCAAGGUCACAAAGGUAUGCAGACGAUUUUCCAAGAAAACAUACAUGAUCUCGCAAACGUGAUCCUUCAUCCCAACAAGGGCAUACGUGAGGCCUUUCUGAAAGUCUUGGGACGAUUUCUGGAGACAUCAAUCAGUUUCGUCAAAGAGGUCCAACUCAAGAUCACGAACAACCUGCUGGAAGUGCUGAAAGUUAGCCCCACUCAAGAUUUGGUACCAAUGCUGGUCCGGAUCUGCUCAUCUUUUGAGAGUGUUCAGAAGUUCGUGAUGAGGCGGCUUUUGGGUGUGUUUCGAGAUGAGAAGAUCAAUGACGUCAAAUCGUUCUCCAAAAGAUACUUGAUCCUGGAAGUUGCCAAGGGAUUAGCGGACAUUGAUCAGCAUUCCAAACAUGAAGGGGAUAUCAUCAAGAUGUGUCAAGAGAGUGAAUCCAGUCCCGAGUUGAGCGAUAUCUCCAUCGAACUACAAGGUGUACUCAAGCGUACGAAUCCGGAAAUCGAGGUCAAGGUCCGGGAGCCGAUGAUAACGAAGGCUCAGUUGAAACGAAAAGGUGGCAAAGGUCAUCACGCAAAGUAUGUAAAACGCAACCGUGCUUCUUAAGGCACCUGGCCAAUUACUAUUCGCAGAUUGAUGAUAGAUAAUAAAUGGUCAACAAAAUUUCAAAA